CGUCCGUUCGGGUUUGGCCGGUCCCCGGCCCGUCUGCCGCAGCCGUGGUGGCAGCCCCGGGAGGAGCACUGGCGUCCGUUUCCUUCGAUCCUCGGGAUUUGAAGAUGGCUGCCCAGUCAGCGCCGAAAGUUGUGCUAAAAAGCACCACCAAGAUGUCUCUAAAUGAGCGCUUUACUAAUAUGCUGAAGAACAAACAGCCGAUGCCAGUGAAUAUUCGGGCUUCGAUGCAGCAACAACAGCAGCUAGCCAGUGCCAGAAACAGAAGACUGGCCCAGCAGAUGGAGAAUAGACCCUCUGUCCAGGCAGCAUUAAAACUUAAGCAGACUUUAUAUGCAAGUCCGGACAGUGCCUGUGGAAGGAUAUGUCCAAGCUGUGGCUGGGCGUCUGAAGGGCGGUGCCAUGCAACUAAGAGCUUAAAGCAGCGCCUGGGUAAGAGUAACAUCCAGGCACGGUUAGGCCGACCCAUAGGGGCCCUGGCCAGGGGAGCCAUUGGAGGACGAGGCCUGCCCAUAGUCCAGAGAGGCUUGCCCAGAGGAGGACUGCGUGGGGCACGCGCCACCAGAACCCUUCUUAGGGGCGGGAUGUCGCUCCGAGGUCAAAACCUGCUUCGAGGUGGACGAGCCGUAGCUCCCCGAAUGGGCUUAAGAAGAGGUGGUGUUCGAGGUCGUGGAGGUCCUGGGAGAGGGGGCCUAGGGCGUGGAGCUAUGGGUCGUGGCGGAAUCGGUGGUAGAGGUCGGGGUAUGAUAGGUCGGGGAAGAGGGGGCUUUGGAGGACGAGGACGAGGACGUGGACGGGGAAGAGGCGCCCUUACUCGCCCUGUAUUGACCAAGGAGCAGCUGGACAACCAAUUGGAUGCCUACAUGUCGAAAACUAAAGGACACCUGGAUGCUGAGUUGGAUGCCUACAUGGCACAGACAGAUCCUGAAACCAAUGAUUGAAGCCUGCCUGCCUACCCUUCUGUGAGAGACUCUUGUUAAAGUUACUACAUCUGUAAAUAGCCUUGGGAUGACAGAGAAGAAACCUGGUUGAUAGUAGAAGGACCUAUCAUAACAGGCUGUGGAGUUACCUGCCACCAGUUUGUGCAUUUUGUGUGUUCCUUUUACUUUUGAUACUGUGUUGUAUGAAAACUUUUUCCUUUGAUUUGGUUGGAUGUUUUUUGUUGUUUUUUCCCUUCAUCGAGACUUCUCUUGGAACAUGAAUGUAUUGGCCUUGUGGGUAGAACACUUACCCUACCUCUGCCUUCUGUCGCCUGCCAUACACUGAUAUUCUAAUGUAUCCUGUGUUUGUCUCUAUGCCCCCACCAAAAGGUCCCAGAAAGAGCCAGUGUUCCUACCGAAUGCCUUGGUUUCUGAGUUGGAAUUCUGUUGUAUGUCCUCUUUACUUGGCUCUUAGUGUUAGGAAGAUGUGGGGCUCAAAAGUGCAUUCAGCUAUGUUGAUAAUGCUACAGGGCCACAUUACAGGUAAUACCUUCAGUUGCUUUGGAAUGACUACCGUGUUUAUUGACACCACAUAGAUGAUAACAGUGUGAUGAGUUGAAUAUGUGUACUUCUACCCCCAAGUGAGAUAUUAAAGCUUUCCCCUGGGCCUUGUAUGUCCAAAGAGGUUGAGUUGGCUUCUACCUAGACCAUAGGGGAGGAAGCCAGCGGUUUGGUAGAUGCAGCAGAAGGAAAAAGGAAUGGGAGAGCAGUGGGUUACAAACUAACUGCUGAAGGAUGGAGGGUUCAAGAGCUAUUGAAUGUUGAAAUCCAUUAUUCUCAUGUUUGUUUGGGCUUCUCUACUUAAUGGCUUUAUUUGACCCUCUUUCCCUUAAAGGUUUAAGUUCAACCAUAAUCUGUCAGUUAUUGGAGUUUCAGUGGAAUCUUGUAUUUCUGGUUCAUGACAAUAAAUUGUUCUCUCGAAUCCA